UUUCGCCGAUGUCUGACAACUUAAUUGUCCCGUAGCCUUAGCCAAUAAGAAAUCGACUCAUGUGUGCCACGUAGAAGUCAACGUAUUCUUAUCAUAUUUAACAGUCAUUCAUUACGACGACUUAGUAACAUAUGUGAGAAACGGAGAUAAGUGCCACCACCGGCUUUUUGUGAUCAUCUUGCGCUCGUAUAUAGUGUGACGGCGAUUUGUGCACAGGCUAAGUCCAAACGAGAUUAGUUUCUUCAUCAACUGAAACAGCAACUUCGAAAAUUUUAAUACAAUAACUUCUAUAACAAUGGCGAAUUGUUUACUUCUGUUUGCGGGAUGCUUUUUGGCGGCGACGGCGUUGGUUGCUGCUGCCGACGGGGAGCUCAAGAUCGAGGUCACACACGCCGUCGAGAAGUGCUCCCGGAAGACGCAGAGACACGACCUUGUGACCAUGCACUACGUCGGGGCGCUGGACAACGGCACACAGUUCGAUAGCACAUGGGAGCGCAACCAGCCGUUCCAGUUCCAGUUGGGGAUCGGUCAGGUGAUCAAGGGCUGGGAGCAGGGGCUGCUGGACAUGUGCCCGGGGGAGAAACGGAAGCUCACCAUCCCACCUAACCUUGCAUAUGGAGAUAAGGGCGCCGGUGACGCUAUUCCCCCUGGUUCCACCCUCGUCUUCGAGGUUGAGCUUGUGCACACGGCCGACGGUCCCGUGCCCCCGAACGUCUUCAAGCAGAUUGACGUCGAUAAGGAUGAAGUCCUUACUCAUGACGAGGUUUCCAACUACUUAGUCAGUCAGGCCAAGCAGCACGGACAAACCGUGGACAAGGAUUCCGAGGACCACAAGAAUGUCGUGCAGACGAUUUUUGACCAUGAAGACCGGGACAAAGAUGGAGUCAUCUCGCAUGACGAGUUCAGCGGACCUAAGAAGGACGAACUUUAAUAUGACAUCGUUUUAGUGUUAAUUGUUUAGAUACGUAGAUACGUAGUUGAAUUUUAAUAGGGUAUUGGACGUUAGCUUUUUUAAUGAAUACAUUGCAUUAAAAUUUUGUUGGGAAGACGAUGCAGAGGUGUAUCCGAUUAAAAUUGUGGUGCUAAUACCGAUAUUUACAGCGAUUUAAAAUAUAUUUUUCGAAAACAAGACAAUUUGUAUUUAAAAAAUACUUACCUACUGUAGAUAUAUUUAAUAUGUACAGCUAAGAUAAAACAGAUAUUAUGUUUAAAGAUAUGUGAUGCUUUUGCCGCACCAAGUAAGAUGAUUUCGUAAUUCAUGUUUAAUGAAAAGCAUGAAUGUAGAUAGUUUUGAAAUUGAGUUAUUUUGACGAACCAGGUAUCGCUGGAAAUUUGAUUAUGUUUAUUGUUAUCCAUCUUAUAUAAAAAACUUAUUUCAUCAAUGUGAAAUUCUCAUAAAACAUUUUUGUUACCAAGUGGCAGAGAAAUAAGUGCAAUAUUCGACCGUUGUUGUUAGUUUCACGCAUGGGUCACUAGAUUGUACAUAAUUUAAUGAUAUUGAAUUGAAGUUUACGAGUAUUUAUUGAAUAAUGUUUUUCUCUUAUUUAAAAUAUAAGUGCUAUGUGAGUCCGCCGAUUUUUAGCCGCGGUUUAAUUAGAUAACAACGCUUUAUUGUAAUUAGCGAACGACAACUCUUCGUAAGUUAACCAGAUUGUGCUUUUCGAAGUUACUUACCUUGUAUAUGUUAACGUUUUACUAAGAAAACAUUUUUCCGAAACACAAGAUCAUUUAAGGUUAAAUUCGUUGGAAUGCUAUCAUUAUAACAACUGUAUGUUAAAAAAUUGGCCCAUAUUGUGUUAUUUGAAUAAUAUUAUUACCGACUACCCGGUAGUCAUCAUUUUCCAUAAUUAAAUUUCAUAAAAAAGUAUAUGAAAUGUAGGAAUUUCAUUUCAGUGUCACAUCGUAAGAGUUCUAGAUAUAAACUGUUUCAUGCAUCUGAAACGAAUGUGCACUUUGUGAGCAUGUUGAGAGGGCACCUACUUUUGCUUCAAUGAAAACAUCUUGCAGUUUGCACCGCUUUCUCCCAACUUUUUCCCACCCACCUUAUUUUAUAAUUUAAAUGUGUUAUUCACCUAUAUGCGAUUAAUAAUCAAAGACUUACUUCUAAAAUAUAUUUUCUUUUUUCUCUGUUCCAAAGCGCUGCUUUCAUUGUAAAUAUAAUGAUGGAAAUAUGUGUUUUAUUAAUUGUAUCCUAGCAAUACGCUUCGGUUAAGCUUUUACUUGUAAGAUGCUUUAAUUGCUUUUAGAUUGUUGCACUUUUUUAUUUCGGAUGAGUUGAUCUAGUCAAAUUGUGUAAUAACGUUGUUUGUAUAUUUGUUCAUGAAAACAUCAGUAAAAUGCAUCAUUAUUUUCGCGUAAGCUUCAUAUUAGAUACGAAAUAAAAGCUUUGCGAUACUUAAAA